GCUGGAGGUCGGCAACAGUCGCGUAUAUUCACUCGAGUGAAUAUGACGCUUGGUGUAAAGUGCGCGUCUUUGUUACUAUUUCUGGCGGUAGUUGCCGGCAACUAUGCCACGGAACCGGAGGUGCGAACCUCCUUGGGUCGUAUCAAGGGCUCGUUGAUGAACACAAGAUUAAACAAGACCAUUUUUACUUUCCGGGGUGUCAGGUACGGAAAGUCGCCUGAAGGCGAGAGACGUUUCAAGCAAGCUGAGCCAGUAGAUGCAUGGAACGAUGUGUUCGAUGCUUCAAAAGAGGGCCCCUCUUGCCCACUACCAGCUGCACCCGACUUUACAAGUGAAGACUGCCUGAGACUGAAUGUUUAUACUACCAAACUGCCGGAUUCCAAAAAUAAAGUAAAACGUCCAGUUAUUGUGUUCUUCCACCCUGGUGCAUUCUAUGGCUUCUCAGCCCAAAGUUACGUUUACGGACCUCAGUAUUACCUCGAUCAGGACAUUGUCUUGGUGACAGUUAAUUAUAGGCUUGCUACAUUUGGCUUCAUGAGUACCGGUGAUGCCCGAGCACCGGGAAAUCUCGGUUUGAAGGACCAGGUAGUAGCCCUACGUUGGGUCCAGAAGAACAUUGCUUCUUUCGGCGGAGACCCGAACUCAGUGACCAUAACCGGUUACAGUGCUGGCUCUUGGAGUGUCAUCCUCCACCUCAUGUCUCCAAUGUCUAAAGGACUGUUUCAUCGCGCCAUUGCUUCGAGUGGAGCUCCAACUACUCCAGAUCCUAUGCCCACAAAGCAACCUGAGCUAAUUACCAAGCAGGCUAGUUUCGUUGGCUGUCCUUCGGAUAACAUCGAUGUGGCUCUAGAGUGUCUGAAGACGGUGCCUCACCAGAAAAUCAGCGACUCAAUGCCCAAAUUCUCAGAAUGGUAUGGAGAUCCCAUCUUAAUUUGGUCUCCGGUCGUAGAGCCCGAAAUUCCUGGAGUCGAACGAUUCAUUACUGCUCAACCUGUCGAUCUUAUAAGAAAGAAAAACUUUCAACAUAUUCCCCUCAUAACUGGUAUUACAAAGGACGAGUUCGCUGGCGCACCACUCAACGCUCUCGAGCAGGCAUUAAAAGGCAACGACUCUAUCUACAGAAAUUUAACAGAAAAUUGGGAAUACGCUGCUCCUAUUAGUUUUCAGUACGAACGCGGUACUGAGCGAUCCAAGCACAUCAGUCGCGAGCUCAAAAAAUUCUACUUCAACGACGAGCCUAUUACUGCUGAAAAUGGCAAAAAUCUUGGACUGAUCUAUGCUGAUGCGAUCAUCGGUUAUCCUACCCAACGCUUCGCCAAACUGAUGUCCGAGAACUCUCGUGCCCCCGUCUACAAUUAUCAAUUCGUGUACCAAGGACGCUACAGCUUUUCCGUCUGGAGAGACACUAAAAAACCAUACGGCGUAGUUCACCACGACGAUUUGCUGUAUCUCUUCUACAUGUCGUUUGGAUUUCCUUUCUUUAAUGCGACUGAUCCUGAGAGUGCUGUAGUUGAGAAAAUGACUACCAUGUGGGCGAACUUUGCCAAAACCGGCGAACCGAUUCCUAAGUAUAACAAACUAUUCAAGGGAGUCACCUGGCCUUUGCUCCAGCCAAAAACCAACAACUACUUGGAAAUUGGAGAUUCGUUUACUGUCAAAAGCAACAUGUUUCCCGAGAGAUACGCUCUGUGGGAUAGACUUUUUCCAUUGCCACCGGUUGCCUCAUGUCCCAAGCAUUAGUAAUUUUUUACAAUAAAUGAUAAAAAUGACGAAUAAAACAGCUAUGCAUAUUUUUAAAUAUUGAUGAUUGUAUUCUACUUAUGGCAAAAUAAACGUAAAAACAUAGAACGAAA